GUUUUCGUUCAGCAGACCAUGAAGACUGCCAGUUCGGACGAAGAAUUGGCUUUCAAGCAGAAAGAGAAGGAUGCGCAGAUGUAUACCCGGAAAGUGAAGCGGCUGUUCCAGACAAUAGACGAUUCUGGCGAUGGCGCCAUCAACUUCCAAGAGUUUUCCAAAUUGGUGCAGUCUCCGAAAUUGAAGUUUUGGAUGGCCCAGUUGGAAUUGGAGUACCAUGAUUUGCUCAGUCUUUUUGAGUUCUUGGACAACGGAGAUGGCGAGAUCACGCUCAUGGAGUUUAUUGAAGGUGCUGCCAGAUUACGCGGCAAUGCGAAGGCUUUGGAUAUCUGGCGUAUUGAAACCAAAAUGGAGGUGCUCAUUGAAGAAGUGUUGAAAGAGAUGAAAGGCUUGGGAAAAGAAGUGAAACUUCAGGACGUUUUCGACAAUUCGAUGUUCAGACACAUCAAAACCACAACGAUCGGCCAAGUUUCCGAAGGGCCUGAGAGAGGGGUCUCUGUUAUAUCUAAUGUUAUAUCUGAGACGUAGUUUCAUCAGCUUCACCAAGCAAAAAGAGAGAAUCUUCCCGCAAGUUAUUUUGCACCCACCCGCAAAGCGGACUGGAAAGCUCCUUACACAUUGAGGUCAUCGACGUGC